AGCUCCAAGACGAGCUCGGGAGAUGCCUCCUCUCUCAGCAUCGAGGAGACCAAUAAACUCCGGGCAAAGUUGGGGCUGAAACCCUUGGAGAUCAAUGCUGUCAAGAAGGAGGCGGGCACCAAGGAGGAGCCCGUGGCAGCUGACAUCAUCAACCCCAUGGCCUUGCGGCAGAGAGAGGAACUGCGGGAAAAGCUGGCAGCUGCCAAGGAGAAGCGCCUGCUCAACCAAAAGCUGGGGAAGAUAAAGACCCUGGGGGAGGAUGACCCCUGGCUUGAUGACACUGCAGCCUGGAUCGAGAGGAGCCGGCAGCUGCAGAAGGAGAAGGACCUGGCAGAGAAGAGGGCCAAGCUGCUGGAGGAGAUGGACCAAGAGUUUGGUGUCAGCUCUCUGGUGGAGGAGGAGUUUGGGCAGAGACGGCAGGACCUGUACAGUGCGCGGGACCUGCAGGGCCUCACCGUGGAGCAUGCCAUCAAUUCCUUCCGAGAAGGGGAGACUCUGAUCCUCACCCUCAAGGACAAAGGUGUGCUGCAAGAGGAGGAGGAUGUGCUGGUGAACGUGAACCUGGUGGACAAGGAGCGAGCAGAGAAGAACGUGGAGUUGCGGAAGAAGAAGCCAGACUACCUGCCCUAUGCGGAGGAUGAGAGCGUGGACGACUUGGCCCAGCAAAAGCCUCGCUCUAUCCUGGCCAAGUAUGACGAGGAGCUUGACGGGGAGCGGCCGCAGUCCUUUCGCCUGGAGCACGGCGGCAUGGCCGAUGGCCUGCGGGAGCGGGAGCUGGAAGAGAUCCGGGCCAGGCUACGGCUGCAGGCUCAGUCUCUGAGCACGGUGGGGCCCCGGCUGGCCUCUGAGUACCUCACACCCGAGGAGAUGGUGACCUUUAAAAAGACCAAGCGGAGGGUGAAGAAAAUCCGCAAGAAAGAGAAGGAGGUGGUCGUGCGGGCGGAUGACCUGCUACCUCUCGGGGACCAGACUCAAGAUGGGGACUUUGGUUCCAGGCUUCGAGGCCGGGGCCGGCGCCGGAUGCCUGAGGUGGAGGAGGAGGUCCAGGAGGAGGAGGAGAAGGAGGAGCCCGUGCCUGAGCCCCCGCCCUCGGAUGACACCCGGGUGGAGAACAUGGACAUCAGCGAUGAGGAGGAGACUGGUGCCCUGCCGCCCGAGUCCCCAGAGGCGCUGGAGGAGGAUGAGGCUGAGCUGGAGCUGCAGAAGCAGCUGGAGAAGGGGCGCCGACUGCGGCAGCUCCAGCAGCUCCAGCAACUGCGAGACAGCGGCGAGAAGGUGGUGGAGAUUGUGAAGAAGCUGGAGUCUCGCCAGCGGGGCUGGGAGGAGGACGAGGACCCCGAGCGGAAGGGGGCCAUCGUGUUCAACGCCACGUCCGAGUUCUGUCGCACCCUGGGCGAGAUCCCCACCUACGGGCUGGCUGGCAACCGCGAGGAGCAGGAGGAGCUCAUGGACUUUGAACGGGACGAGGAGCGCUCAGCCAAUGGUGGCUCUGAGUCGGAUGGGGAGGAGAACAUUGGCUGGAGCACAGUCAACCUGGACGAGGAGAAGCAGCAGCAGGACUUCUCUGCCUCCUCCACCACCAUCCUGGACGAGGAGCCCAUCGUGAACAGGGGGCUGGCAGCGGCCCUUCUCCUGUGCCAGAACAAAGGGCUGCUGGAGACCACCGUGCAGAAGGUGGCCCGGGUGAAGGCCCCCAACAAGUCCCUGCCCUCAGCCGUGUACUGCAUCGAGGACAAGAUGGCCAUCGAUGACAAGUACAGCCGGCGGGAGGAGUACCGGGGCUUCACCCAGGACUUCAAGGAGAAGGACGGCUACAAGCCCGAUGUCAAGAUUGAGUACGUGGACGAGACGGGCCGGAAGCUCACACCCAAGGAGGCUUUCCGGCAACUGUCCCACCGCUUCCACGGGAAGGGCUCUGGCAAGAUGAAGACUGAGCGGCGCAUGAAGAAGCUGGACGAGGAGGCGCUCCUGAAAAAGAUGAGCUCCAGCGACACGCCGCUGGGCACCGUGGCUUUGCUGCAGGAGAAGCAGAAGGCCCAAAAGACUCCGUACAUCGUGCUCAGCGGCAGCGGCAAGAGCAUGAAUGCGAACACCAUCACCAAGUGAAGCCGGCCUCCCUCGCCCCCCCCUUUAAUAUUAAAUAAAGGUCCCUCCUUAUUUUUUCCUC